AAACAUUGGGUUUCUACUCAUUCUCUUCUUUGGUCUUUGGUAAUAGCAACAAUACCAAAAUGGCGAACAACGAGAGCAUCAGAAGUGUGACAAGUUGUUAUGUUUUCAAAAGCCGAUUGCAAGAGUAUGCACAGAAAGUUGGACUUCCUACCCCUGUUUAUGAGACUAUCAAGGAAGGCCCUUCUCAUGAGCCUACAUUUACGUCUACAGUGAUUAUGGACAAUGUUAGAUAUGAUUCUCUACCUGGAUUUUACAAUCGCAAGGCGGCGGAGCAAUCAGCUGCUGAAGUUGCACUCAUGAGUCUUGGAAACUCUGGGUCAAUGGAAAACCUUUCUCAGCCAGUGCAUGAAACAGGCUUGUGCAAAAAUUUGUUGCAAGAGUAUGCUCAGAAGAUGAAUUUUGCAAUCCCACAAUAUGAAUGCGAGAGGUAUGACUCAGAAAGCAAAAUUAUAUCAUUUUCAUGUACUGUUGACGUAGGGGGAAUGAAAUAUAUUGGAGCAGCAGCUAGAACAAAGAAGGAAGCAGAGAUCAAAGCUGCUCGAACUGCAUUGUUGGCCGUUCAGUCUAGCGGUUUUGCGCCUAACUAUUCUUCAUACACUGUCGUUCCAAUGAAGAAGGUCACAGAUUUGGCAAUCAGCAACCAAGAGAGUGCAGCAGCUCUGAAACCAAAGAAACACAGAUUCAAGAAAAAGCAGACGAGGAAUGUUUCAGAUGCCAGUUAUCGUGUACGCACAAAGAACACUGGUGACUCGGAAGUUCAGAUGGUAAAUCAAGCUAAACCAGAGAUGCAUGAAAAUGCUGCUGUGACGACUCAAGGUACAGGAUCUGGACCUGCACCUUUUGCAGGCACUAUGGGUGAUCUAGUUCCAUCCAACAAUUUGAGUUCUGAUUAUGGAACUUCAAAUCUUGGAAUCAACUCUCAGUGUUGUGGAGGAGUUACGACUGAGGGAAAUGCCGUUAUUGGAGUUGAGCAGGUAACUUCAGCGGUGGCACCAGUUGCUUGGAACGACAACCUUCAUGUACAGGACCUGCACCUUUUGCAUGAAAAUGCUGCUGUGAUGACUCAAGGUACAGGAUCUGGACCUGCACCUUUUGCAGGCACUAUGGGUGACCUACUUCCAUCCAACAACUGUGGUUCUGAUUAUGAAACUUCAAACCUUGGAAUCAACUCUCAGUGUGGUGGAGGAGUCACAACUGAGGGAAAUGCCGGUAUUGGAGUUGAGCAGGUAACUUUAGAGGUGGCACCAGUUGCUUGUAACGACAAUCUUCAUGUGCUAUAGAUGCAGAUCAAGGACGAAGUACAAACAUGGAGGCAGAAAUAUCUUAAACAUGUUUGUUUUGCAGGAUUAGCUAUAUCAGAUGGUGGGUACAAGAACAGUU